AUGAGUAUGAAUGAUAGCGAGGAUCAUGGGGACGCCGUCUGUGAGGGCUGCUUGUCUCAGAACCAGCAGAUCAUUACAGAAAUUACAGAAUACGAUAUCAAGAAAGUGUAUUACGAUAUAAUCAAUAUUCUGGACGCUGACAUUGCCGCACUAAGUCUGCGUCUAUGUGCGGAGUGCAAGGACAGUAUUGUGAAGUUCUUGGAGUUCCGGAGACAAGUGCUGGAGGCACGGGAUACUGUCAACAAGUACCUGUUACAGUCAGAAGCCAGUAUAAAGACUGAACAGUCUACAAUCACUCCAAGUGAGUUCAAGAGUGAUCCGGAGGAGUCGGUCACUCCUCUCCCAUUCGUGAAGGUAGAACUAGAUGGAGAGGACCACUUCCAUGAUGAUGAUAGUCAAGGUGCAGAGGUUCUCAAGCCUGCUUUAGAAACAAGUUUGAAAAAGAAAAAUAAAGUAAAAAGCAAAGGUAAGAGUAAGAAGAGAACAGAAGAUGAGUUCAACGACUCGGACGAGGAGCCGCUUACUAAGAAGAAGACUGAUACUAGCGUUAAGAAGGAGAAGAAGAAAGGUCGCCGCGAGCGUCCGGCCGGUAUAGUGGACAACUCCCGCGUCCGCCGCAAGCUGCAACAACUCAACGUCGACUCCGGGCUUAUCACCAUGGAGAUACUCAGCUGGGAACAGGUGGCGGCGGAGCGCGCGGCGGCGGCGAGCGCGGUACGGUACACCCAGUGUGUGUGGCGGUGUCAGCAUUGUGUGCUCGGGUUCAACCAUCGCACCAAGCUAGAAAACCAUAUGAAGAAACAUGACCCUAGCGCGGGCCCCCACGUGUGUUCAGUGUGUACGGUGCGCUGCAAGGACGCGCACGCACUCAGCGCGCAUGUACGGCGACAUCGCGUCCGAUGGCGCUGCUCGUCGUGCGGCGGCGCGUGGUCCCGCGUGUGCGUGGCGGCGGACCACGCUGCCCGCGCGCACGCCGCGCCCCCCCCCACGCACGCCUGCGCGCGCUGCGGAGACACCUACCAUUCUCUGGGCAAGUUACGUUUACACAUGAAGAGUCAUGCGGAGCGCCAGCGCUGUCACCUCUGUGGGAAGACAUUCAGGGACCGGACCUCGCUGCGGACGCAUCUAUUUAUCCACGGCGGAGAGAAGGAAUUCUCGUGUCCGCGCUGUGACAAGCGGUUCUUGUUCCGCGCCGCGCUCGCUGUACAUCUCGUCACUCACGACGCGCCCGCGCAUCUAUACUGUCACCAGUGCGACUUCAGCUUCAAGAACAAGAUGUCGUACACGCAGCACAUGAAGUACAGCCUCAAACACUGCGACCCCGCCGCACUCAAGUACAAGUGUCACGAGUGCGACAAACGUUUCCUGAAGGAGUCCCGACUGCGCGAGCAUACACUCGCUGUACAUCUCAAGGCAACGCCACUCUCGUGCGACCAGCCAGGGUGCACCUUCGUGAGUAUACUACAUACACUGGACACUAGGCCAAGUUGUAUUGGUCGCUAG